AUGGCCAUUAAAAAAUACACAAAAGUUUUAAGGUAUGUGGAAGGCUCCAGAGCUGUUGCUGAGGACGCAGAUGGAGCAAAGCUGCAGCCUGUCGCUUUGAGCUGCGUGCUGAAUAUUGGUGCUUGCAAACUGAAGAUGUUUGCUUGGCAGGGCGCAGUCGAUAGCUGUUUGGAGGCCCUUGAAAUAGACCCAUCAAAUACCAAAGCACUGUACCAUAGAGCCCACGGAUGGCAAGGAUUAAAAGAAUAUGAUCAAGCAUUGGCUGAUCUUAAGAAAGCUCAGGAGAUAGCACCAGAAGAUAAAGCUAUCCAGGCAGAAUUGCUGAAAGUCAAGCAAAAGAUAAAGGCGCAGGAAGAUAAAGAGAAGGCAGCUUAUGCAAAAAUGUUUGCUUGA